ACAGAAAAUCGCAUGAGUAUUACAGUUCCCUGCAAACACUCUUUAGCGACUCACUUCUGCUUUGAUGGCACCAAAAUGAGUAUCUGGUCCGCUUCGUUAUUAUUGACGGUGACAAUCAGGGCGGCGCUGCAGUGAGGACUCGGAUUAUUUCAUGGAACUGAUUUCAGAACAGAUUACUCACUCCAUACGCAGGAGCUCAAGUGGGUGUAAAGAUGUCCGAUAGCUCGAGUGAAUCGGAGUCCUCCGAAGGAUGGACCUUCAUCGGCAGCGAGGGCUUGGAUGUCGAGGCGCUCGAUGGAGAGGGUGAGGACGAGAGUCACAGUGCGGACCGUCCCACGACGCAGGAGAGGCACGAGGAAGCAGGGGUCACAGCUGCUGAUGCAGCUCCCGAUGACUGCCAGAGGGAAGAAAGGCUCUCUGUUGUACAGGCUCUGGGAAAUGUGGAGACGGGUGAGGCCACGAUGUUGUGCUCAAGGACUGACGAGCCGGACGUCAUCGAGCAAGAGCCGGGGGGGCUGGCAGGCCAUGAGGCGUGGGGGGGGUCAGAGGAGCUUUGGGCGGAGCCAGACAGCGAGGAACUCCUGGGCGGCUCCAUCAGCUGUUACUUCAGUACUGUGGAGACCCUAUCCCCGUCGGUGCCUCCUACUGGAGACUCCAGUGGCAGCGAGAAUGAGUCAGGAGGGCAGCUAUCCAGCGCGGCAAUGGAAGUGGGCAGGGUAAGGACAGGAGGGAGCGCUGGGCCUGCAGGAGGAGGCAUGAAAAUGCUGGAGCGGCAGGCGGUGGAGGAGCAGCCGUCAAAGGAGCCGCAUGCGGCGGCGCAGACCCAGGAGCGCGUCCGCCACGCACUCAACAUCUGCAUCUCCCUGCUCAUCAUCCUGGCCAUCAGCCUGGGCUUAGGGCAAAUAUAUGAUGAGCCAGGGCUGGAGCUGGCGGAGAUGGUCCCGGGGGAAGAUCUGAGCGGUGUGAGAGGAGCGUUGUCCUGGCACCAGCAGGGAGGAGGCAGUAUCAUGGCGAGCAAGGAAGUGCAUGAGUAUCUAACGGGUGAUCCAAAGCAGAAGUGCACCUGGACCCCACCCAGCACUGAGAGCACAGACAGGAAAAAGAAGGACAGCCCUCAGCUCACACUCCAGCAGGGGGCGUUUCAGCAUGAAGCUGAGGAGAGGCACACCUCAUCACAUCCGGAUCACCUGUCUGUGGAGAACCGGCAGCUGAAGAGCCUGCUGGUCUGCGAGGAGAAGUCGGUGUCCACCUUGCAGGAAGAGCUGCGUAACCUGCGCAUGCAGAUCCGGAACCUGGAAUGGAAGGGCGUGGAGGUCCGCUCGGUCCCGCCCAAGGAGAACCAGGACAGGCGCCGGUUCCGCGGACUGCGGGAUGUGCUGAUUGCAGAGGCCCAGGUGCUGCAUAGGGAGCUGGACAGGGAGAGGCGUGUGACAGGCCUCCUGAAGGAGGAGCUGGGGCAGCUGAGGGGGCACAUCGAGGGCCCCUGGGGGACAGGUGACCUAGAAACAGAGAUGCUGCAAGCGCGGCUAGUGGGGCUGGAGAAGAGGCUGAGCUUCGAGCAGCGGCGUUCCGACCUGUGGCAGAGGCUGUAUGUUCAGGACAUGGACAAGAGGACAAGGGGGGACAAGAGGCUCAGAGUCAAGGUCCCCAAGGGUGGCGUGGUAGGGAAAGUCAAGCAUGUUUUCCAGCUUGUGAAGAACAUCUCUGGGGAGCUGGAAUACCAUCACAGGGAGGAGGUCAAGAGGGAAAAAGAAGAUAUCAAGGAAAACCAAAAGUUCUUGGAUUAUGUCAUGACUACUUUCUACAACUUAAAGGAAAUGACACAGAGUUUCUUGAGGAAGAAAGAACUUCCUGGACUCAGCAAAUCUUUGGAAAGGAGAGACGUCAAAGGGAAACACUGCACCCAAAGGCACGUGUGCUCAGUGGACCAUGCCGAGGGAGUCUCCUGGACGCACAAACGUCGCCACCUGCAGCAGAGCUUUCAGGCAGGCAGGGAAACACUGAUUCCAGGGAUCAGAGUUCAUGUGUACGCAGAAGGGACAGCUCACACAAGAACUAAGGGAUGCUCAGGGGUGUUUGACUGUGCAAGCCAAGAGUUCACAAGCCUCUUCAAUAAAGCACUCAACCCCAUCCAACUGAGUGAGUUCAGCCAGCUUAUUUACACAUAUCUUCAGCAAGAGGUGGAUCACUUCCACUACUGGGAGGAGCUGGAGAGCUUCAUCAGCAGCUUCUUCCACAAUGGUGUCUUCAUCCAUGAUCAGAUGCUGUUCACAGACUUUGUCAGUGGGGUGGAGGACUACCUGAAAGACAUAGAUGAGUAUAAGUGUUUGAACAAGAAUGUGUUUGAAGAUCUUGACAGGUCUGUCUACAGGUACUUCUUUGGAGAUGACAAUUCCCAGUGGUAUGCCCAGAGUGCCUCUGCGUGACAGACAUCUGUUUAGACGCACACCAUCUGAAAUCUUAAAAGAGAAACGAAUAUCUGACUCACGUCCCACACCCAAGAGGAGACGGGAGGCAGACGGUGCCCGGACCGCUCCGUGGGAGACGCGGCUAACGUUAACACUGGACUGGAGUAAAAAAGAGAAACGUAGAAAUGUUAGCUUUAGCAUUUAGCUUUAUGCUAAACUGAUUUAUCCUUGUAUGUUCUCUUAAUUGUAUGAAAGUUAUUAUGGAUAUUCCGUUCUUUUAACUCCGGUUUUAAUAAAUUUAUUCUGAUAAAUAAAAUGGGUGUAUACAUUAAAGAUACAGAAACUGUUAAUUAGAAGAUGUAAUUUGCUGCCACGAAAUGUUUAGGUUUUAAACAAUGUUCUGUUUUCUAUUAAUGUAGGAUUUUUGUAACUAAUAACUUUUUGCCGUGUAAAUAUUCCAUUCAUCUUUGUGACAAUAAGACAUUAACGGUAAAA